AAGAAGAAGAAGAAAAGCGUUAGCUUUCCUUCUGCUUGCAGUCAUUCUAGGGACUUUGAUCAUCUGCUGGCUGAAUAUGUGAGUGUUUGCUGUAAAAAUGUCUUCAGUCCAGCUUGAACGAGAGUUUAUCGACGAGCAGUUAACUGCUGUUGAGGAAACAUUGACGGAGAUUAAAGAAAUAGUCGUUAAAGAGGAAGAGAUGGAUGAUCAGCACCGACUGCUGGAUGUCUCCCGGACAACUCAGACCCUUUCACACGGAAAAGAUGAUCUACAGGAUUAUGUUUGGAAAGAGGAGCAGCAGCUCUGUAAGCAGGAGAGUGAUUCCAGUUUUGACCAGGAGGAACCAGAACCUCUGCAGAUUAAAGAAGAGCAGCAGGAACCAGUGCAUUCUUGGAUUAAAGAGGAAGUAUUGGAGAUCUGCAUAGGUGAGCAUGGAGGGCAGCUUGAACUGAAGCAGGAGACUGAAGAUACAUUUUUGUUGACUCCUUCACACAAAGAAAAUGACCACAUUGAACCAGAACCAAUGAGAGACCAAAUAAUCUCUGAGGACUUCAGUGAUACUGAGAACCAUGAUCAAGAAGGAGACCAUCAGAAAGACUCGGGAUCAAAGCAAGAUAAAGUGCCGAAACCAAAUAACAGAUGUCAGAAAACCAUAAAGCGUAAAAACUGUGCAAAUUCAAAACCAGAAAGACAUGGCAAUUUGUGUUCUUGUAAGUUAUGUGGUGAUUUUUUACCUCAAAAUAGUAACUUGGCUGAGCACUUGGAUUAUCACACAAGUGAGAAGCGUUUUCCAUGCGCAACAUGUGGAAAAAGUUAUAUAAACAAAGGACAUUUAACUGUUCACAUGAGAAUUCACACAGGUGAGAGACCUUUCAAAUGUCUAUCUUGUGAAAAAAGUUUCACAACAAAACCUUUUCUUGAGGCACAUGUCAGAGUCCACACAGGUGAGAAGCCUUUCUCUUGCACCAUUUGUGGCAAAUGUUUUACUCAAAAAGGUAAUUUGACUACUCACAUGAGGCUUCAUACAGAUGAAAGGCCUUUUUCCUGUGAUGCCUGUGAAAAGACUUUCAAAAGAAAAGAUUCACUGAAUGAACACAUGAGGGUUCAUACAGGUAAGAAGCCAUUUGUGUGCAAGACAUGUGGAAAACACUUUAAUCGACAAUAUCUGUUGAUGGUUCACACAAGAAUUCAUACUGGUGAUAAGCCUUUCAAAUGUCUGUCCUGUGGAAAACGCUUCACUACAAAACCUGUUCUUGACGCACAUGUCAGAAUUCACACAGGUGAGAAACCUUUCUCUUGUAUGAUUUGUGGUAAAGAUUUCACUGACAAAGGUCAUUUGACCAAUCACAUAAAGUGUCACACAGAUGAAAGGCCUUUUCCUUGUAAUACUUGUGGAAAAACAUUCAGAUCAAAACAUUCAUUGAAAGAACAUAUAAGAAUUCACACCGGUGAGAAGCCCUUUCUGUGUGUGACCUGUGGAAAAAGGUUUAAUCAAAAAAAUCAGUUAAAGGUUCACAUAAGAAGUCAUACAGGCGAGAAGCCGUUUCUGUGUGUGACGUGUGGAAAAGGAUUUAAUCAAAAACACCAGUUAAUUGUUCACACAAGAAGCCAUACGGGUGAGAAGCCCUUUGUGUGCGUGAUCUGUGGGAAUGCAUUCAGCGACGGCAGUAGCUUAAAAGCUCACUUCAUGACUCACACAAAUGAGAAACCUUUCCAAUUUGUGACGUGUGGAAAAAGUUUGAUUAAUAAAAGUCAGUUAACGGUUAACAUGAGAACUUACAAGGAAGAGAGGCUUUUCAAAUGUCUGUUCUGUGGAAAAACCUUCACAAGAAAAUCUGUUUUUGAUGAGCAUGUCAGAAUUCACACAGGUGAGAAGCCUUUCACUUGUAUGGUUUGUGGCAAGGGUUUUACUCAAAAAGGUAACUUGACUUCUCACAUGGCACAUCACACUGAUGAAAGGCCUUUUUCCUGUAAUUUGUGUGAAAAGACAUUCAAAAGAAAAGAUUCAUUAAAUAAACACAUGAGAGUUCACACUGAUGAGAAGCCACAAGAGUGCACUUAAGAGGUCUUUCUGCUAGUAUGACCUGUGUAAAAAUGUCCAUGUGUCAUUUUAAUUAGUAAUCCAACAGUUAAUUUGAAAACCUGCAACUCAAAAAUGUAAUAUUGUAAACCUUGUAAAAAUGUCCAGCAUCGCAAUUAGAAAAAUGUUUAAAUCUGUUUCUCUCAUUUGAUUUAAUGUUUAAAUUCUUGAGUUUCAUCAUUUGACUUGGCAAAAAGCCGUUUGAAUUAACAAUACAAAUUUAUUUAGAGAUGCUAAACUCCUCUAGAAGUUUGAACUUUCUACUUUUUAGUUUCUUUAAUGUGCAAAUUUAAUAACUAAUUUCAGUGCUGCUGCUUUUGAUUCUUCGAAUGUUUUCUGUACCUUGAUAGGUAAAUUUGUGUUCUUCAUAUUUUUGUUUUCUGCUGUGGACAUUGCUCCU